ACGCCUGCCAGACCAGACGUUCGUCGAGUCUCCUUCUUUUCUGGUGCGCUCCUUUGGGUGACCGUGUCUUGUUUAGUUUUAGCUGCAGUUGAAUCUUUCUCCAUCUUCCACAAUGAAGAUUUAUAAGGAUAUUUUCACCGGAGACGAGAUGUUCUCCGAUACCUACAAGAUGAAACUGGUGGACGACGUUAUAUAUGAAGUAUAUGGCAAGUUAGUUACCCGUAAGGGUGGCGAUAUCGAAAUUGCUGGUUUUAAUCCAUCCGCGGAGGAGGCUGACGAAGGUACCGACGAAGCGGUAGAGUCUGGCGUGGACGUCGUAUUGAACCAUCGCCUUCAGGAAACGUUUGCCUUCGGAGAUAAGAAAUCUUACACGUUAUACCUCAAAGAUUACAUGAAGAAAUUAGUAGCAAAGCUAGAGGAAACUGCGCCUGAUCAAGUAGAGGUUUUUAAAACUAAUAUGAACAAAGUUAUGAAGGACAUCCUAAGCCGCUUCAAGGAAUUGCAAUUCUUCACCGGUACUUCUAUGGAUAUUGAUGGAAUUGUGGGCCUUAUGGAGUACCGUGAGAUCGACGGCGAAUCUGUGCCUGUACUCAUGUUCUUCAAGCAUGGUCUUGAAGAAGAAAAGUUCUAAGAAUAUCCUUAGAUACUCAAUAAAUUCUGGACAAAUUUUGUAAACAGGAAAUCAAGACUGCAACACAUGCUAGAAAGCUGUGAAAUUUAGUUAAAAAUGAAACAAACAGUUCGACUUCCAAUCUUAAUUUGCAAUGAAAUUAACUUGCAAUAUAUAAAGUAAAAUCUCUGUUUAGUGAUAUUUCUUGAUAAAUUGUACAUACUCUGUAAUAUGAGGGAAAGUGGCAACAGGAAUUCUUCAUAAUCGCGAUGUGUAAGCAAUUAAUUGCGAGAGAUGUAUGUAACAAUGUUUUUGUUUUUGUGUCCAAUUUUGUAUUAGGCAAUACAGUUUUAUUUAUAUAUAUAUAUUAAAAAAAUGGAAGAUGGGGAAAGAACUUGCAGUGAUGGACUUACAUCAGAUAAUUGUAAUGUUUGCAAUUAUGUUAACGUCCGUAUUAACUGUCAGUGAUCGACCAUUUUGCUGAACUAUAUUCGACUUUCAAUGUCCAUCAUAAAUAAAAAAAAUUUUUUUCCAUA